CUUCAGACACAAAACAGCCCACAUUGUACAGUUCAUAUACUGGUAACAGGUAUUACAAUAUAGCUAUUGCUUUUACCGUGUCAGCAGAAAGUUUCAGUUAUAGUUUGUCAUCAGAGGAACACAGGCUCAACUUCUCUUCUUUUCUAUUAUGAGAGUGUCAGAGCAUUUGUUUUAGAGGACAUUUCCACUACAACAAUCUGUGACAUGAAUUCUGUUCCUGUGUUGACUGUAAAACCAUGGAGAGCCCUCUUUGAUGAGAAGUUCCAUGUGGUUGUGGGGAACUUACCACCGACACAGGAGGUCACACUACAUUCUUUACAUCAGUCUGAAGACACAGACUACUGGGAGGCGUUUGGGAACUAUGUCAGUGAUGCUCAGGGAAGGGUCACAGGUCCCGGACCCUUCCCUGGAGUUUUAGAUAUGUGGGGAGGUGGUGGCAGCCUGGUGGAAUAUCGAGCUGCUCUCUUGGCAUCCCACGGUUUUGCUGCCAUGACGAUAAUCUACCUCUUCCCAGACCAUAAGAAAAACACUACCAUUGGCUACCCUUACUUUGAGAAUGCUUUCAGACUACCGCAGGAUCACCCUCUAGUGGCCACUGACAGAAUUGCUCUACUUGGCAUUUCCGCUGCUGUCCCAGUGGUUCUAUCCAUCACCGCCUACUCAAAAACUGUAAAGCCAAGAUGUUGUGUUUGCAUCAGUGGCACCCAUACUGGCCGAAUUGAAGCCACCCAGUCCAUUGCAGAAGCCUAUAGUAGGAUAGAAAAACUGUACAAAAAGGCCUGUCGAGAUGAGAAGAAUCACAUCAUCUGGAGGGACGUUUUUCUACCUAUUCCUGAAGAUAUAGACCUGAAAGUAGAAAUGGGGAGGAUAACAUGUCCUCUGCUGCUGGUUGUUGGACAAGAUGAUCAGAAUAACGCCACUGUCGAAUCAGCUGAUGAUAUGAAGCAGAUGAUGGAGAGAGCAGGCAACAGUAACCUGCUGACCACUCUGUCCUACCCUGGGGCUGGUCACCUGAUUGAAAUGCCGUAUAGUCCCCACUGCAAGGUUUCAUCCUUUCUGAAGCCGUUAAGCAGAGAGAGAGUGUUGGCACUGUGGGGAGGCCUCACCAAACCUCACGCUGUUGCACAAGAAGACUCAUGGGAGAAGAUUCUAGGUUUUCUGCGAGAGCAUCUCUGUCACAGUGUCAAACCCCAUGUUCAGUCAAGAUUGUGAGCAUUGUCUUACGUCAGGUGGCGUCACUAAUACGCACGGGAGAAGGUUUUCUCCGAGAGCAUCUCUUCCAGACCGUUGAACCACAGUCUGGAUUUUGAGUUCAUCAACAUACUGUAGAACAAAAAUAUGCUGAAUUGACAUUAAGAUAGUAACAACCCAGAUGCAGUGAAAGUGUACUACAGCAUCAACCGCCACAUUGAAUCAUGAUAACAAUGAAACAUUUAUUCACACAGAUCUCAACUUACUUUUUAAUCCUUUAUGUACAACUCAUGUCACUGAAUUCAACAUCUAUUGUUACCGUACUUAUUAAGAAUGAUAAAAUGUACUAAUUUAUUCCUGAUUUCAAUAUGCUUAUGGACACCCUGUUAUUAAAUGUGUUAAACUACAGUAGAACUAUAUGACUGAUUAGUUGAUAUUGAUGCCAUAAAAUUAAUG